AUGGUACUUCACAUUGGCUUAUUGGCCAAAUCAACCAGCUGGCCCAUCACUGCCCUCACUCCAAGCUCUGGUACGAGGGUUCCUCACCAUAGAAUCCUGACUUUGAUUCCUUCCUCUGCUAGGGCAGUGUCCAGCUACCCGGAUGGCACGCUCGUCCUGAGGGACGUCCAGCGGAAGGACUCCGGCAACUAUACCUGUAGAGUGGCGAACACCUACGGUGACGACCACAUCACCUACGUUCUCGUCGUUCAAGUUCCUCCACUUCCUCCGCACAUCCACGUGACGAGAACAGGAGCCACAACGCUGACGGUGGCCUGGAGGACAGGUGAUGACGGCGGAGCACCGCUCCUGGGUCUCACUGUCUCCUACAAGAAAGACUAUGGCGAAUGGCAGGAGGAGACAGUGCCGCCUACCCAGACCUCACAUGAGCUCCGAGGACUGUCUUGCGGCAACCACUACGACCUAUACGUGACUGCAUACAACAAGGUUGGAGAUGGGCGUCACUCUGAGAACCUGAGGACUAAAACAGCUGGGUCGCCGCCCAUCGCCGGUGGGCGCGAGGGCGUGGUGAGUGCCAACACCUCAUGGGCGGCUGUAAGCCUGGCCCAGUGGAGCGAUGGAGGGUGCCCCAUCAGUCACUACAGUGUCGCCUACAGGAGAACCAGCAGCACUUCCUGGGUAGUUGUGUCCGAGCGGGUUGAGGGUGGGCGGCCGUUGGAAUUGGGUGGCCUCACCCCUUCCACCCCUUACACCGUUAGAGUCACUGCCCACAACUCUGCUGGGAGCACUGCUCAGGACUACCCCUUCACCACAGCUCCCAUCACAGGAGGACCCUCGUCCCCGGGGCUGGUGGUGGACGGCGUGUACCUGACGGACGUCAGGGUCCUCCUGCCAGUAGUGGCCUCGUCUCUCGCCCUACUGGCCACUGUCAUUACUGUCUGCGUCUGCAUCAGGAAGAAGCCGCCCCCAGCGUCCCCCCAGAGUGUGGUUGACAGCACCGGAGCAGCAGUUCAGGACAACAAGGAAAAUAUGAAGCAGCGGGAACAGUACUAUGCCACCGUUCGCAAGACAUCACCCCACCGGGACCCAGCGGGCCUUGAACGCAUACCAGAGUAUGCUGACGACAUCUACCCCUAUGCCACCUUCCAGAUGAACAACAGUCAGCAGCAGCAGCAGCAGACCCAGCGCCCUCGCCUGCAGCAGCCCACACCGCAGACACACCACAACCCCUCACAUGGUCACUAUCAGCCCUGCCCCUACAAGGACGUCAUGGCCAGCAGGGAGCACAUAUCAACUGGCGAGACCUACUGUCGCAUUGGCAGUGGAGGUGGUGGCGGAGGCAACAACAGUAGCAGCGGCGGUGGUGGUGGCGGCGGCGUUACAGGCAUCCGUGGUCGCCACCCGACUCCGGGCCCGCGCUCUGUCAAGUCUGAGAGUGAGGAGUAUGACACGUUCGGCUCCGACUCCGACACAGACCCUCCUGCCUCGUCCCGGACUGAGUCUUCGAACCAGCUGGACCAGGACAGGUCAGGGCCGAUGAGAGCUGUGCAUCAUA